GUCAGGUAUCUCAACCCCUGGGGUCAACCUCCCACAGUGACCCAGGAACAUCUGCAGGAGGCACCACAAGCUGCUCCCGGCUUGCUGCAAAGGAUCUUCAGGUAUCUCAACCCCUGGGGUCAACCUCCCACAGUGACCCAGGAACAUCUGCAGGAGGCACCACAAGCUGCUCCCGGCUUGCUGCAAAGGAUCUUCAGGUAUCUCAACCCCUGGGGUCAACCUCGCCCGGUGCAGAAAGACUCAAUCCUCAGAAGGAUCUUCAGGUAUCUCAACCCCUGGGGUCAAAAAAACCCAAACCAGGGAGUCAGGGGUGAACAAAACAAGACUAAAAAGACAAAAAGAAGGUUCAAAAUCAACCUGAUGAUGAUGGGACUCAAAUGGGGCUGGAGAACAAAGAUCAUGUAUUUCCUCCUCCUGUUUCUGUUUGCGGGUGGAGUGACACAGCACGUACACCUCAGCAACCAGCUACAGGACGCCCGGCUGCAAAUCACCACCCUCACGCAGCUGAUGAGCCGAUUCAGUCCCGUCGCAGACACAAUGGCCAACUUCGCCCAGGAGUCGCAGGGAGCCAGAGUCCUCCACACCCUGUCCUCAGACACGUUCCGGACCUCAAUACAAGACAAAAUAAUGGACCAGCUGCUCUCCUGGGUCACCACCUCCACCGACCACCAAAGAAUCAUCCAGGACCACUCAAGGUCGCCCCCCGGAGCGUGCUGGUGCUUUGCAGGGUCCAAGGGACACGCCGUCGUCUCCUUGUCGCAUCCCAUUGAGGUCACGCACGUCACGAUAGGCCACAUCACAAAAAGGCUGUCACUCACCGGGGAAAUCAACAGUGCGCCGAGGGAGUUCUCCGUCUACGGAUUGGUGCACGACAACGACGAAGGCAUCCACCUGGGGAGCUUCGCGUACAGCAAGAAUGGCCUGAACUCCCAGACCUUUGAGCUGCCUGUUCCAGUCAAAGAUGUCUUCAGCCACGUCAAGCUGGAGAUAAAGACAAACUGGGGGGAUGAAGACCAAACGUGCCUCUACAACUUCAGGGUGCACGGGUAUCCGGUGUCUGGUUAGGGUGUAGAAGGUCGACCAACCCUGAACCGUCCAAGAACAAAUGAGAUGUCAUCAAAUAGAAUACAUAAAUAUGUGAACAUGGGUAUGCAUAAAUAGAUGUAUUAGAUGACAAGUUCACAGAUGUGUUCGGGUUGGUUUGCCUUCCCACGUGGGUUUUCCCCGGGUCCUCCGGUUUCCCCCCACACACCAAACACUGUUUGGUUUACAGUUGGCAGAAGAGGAUUAGCUCUUUUUGGGUUUUCUCCGGGUUCUCCGGUUCGCCCACACACACCAAACAUUGUUUGGUUUACAAUUGGCAGAAGAGAAUUAGGUCUUUUGGGGUUUUCUCCGGGUUCUCCGGUUCGC